AUGCAGUUCGAUCGGGAUCAUCCGGAAGCUGUCAUUGCAAUUGUCAAACGGCACUAUGUGGAUCAUAUGCUUGUGAGCAUGGAGUCCGCAGAGGAAGCAAUUCAGCUUGUACAGGACGUGAAAAGGAUUCACGCAUCGGCCGGUUUCGAGAUGCGGAACUGGAUAUCGAAGUCACGUAGCGUCUUGGCGGCGGUGAGUGAGGAAACGACGAAGGAGGAAAGUCUCGGCAUCGGCGAAGAAAGCAUCACCGAGAAAGUUCUUGAAGAGGCAGCUAUCCUCAUGAAGAACCGUCUGUGGAAGGAUCCAGCGAAAACGGUUCCCAGAUCAUGCCUGCUCUACCAGUGGUGUGCCUUUCUGGAUGAAAAUGACGUGCUGCGUGUCAAAGGUAGCACGAAGGCCUGUAUAUUAAUCGAUCGAGAUGCAGCCGAGCCGGUGAUUCUUCCCCGGUAUCAUCCUGUUACUCGCCUCAUCAUCUCUGCAGUACACGAUAGAUUCAAUCAUCAAAACCACGAGGCGGUGGUGAACGAGAUACUGCAACGCUACCGUAUUCCUCGCCUGAAAGCAGCGUACCAUCAGAUCCGGAAAGACUGUCAACAAUGUGAAAUCCUCCGCGCCAAGCCGCAGUCACCAGCAAUGGCUGACCUUCCUCCAGCUCGCCUGGCCACCUUCACUCGUCCCUUCACCCACACGGGCGUGGACUACUUCGGUCCGAUGAUGCUAUCGAUCACUCACUCACUGACCACCGAUUCCUGUGUAAUGGCCAUUCAGAACAUCAUAGCUAGAAGGGGUAUACCUGCUGCAAUCUAUAGCGACCGUGGAACCAAUUUUCGAGCUGCAAGCAAGGAGUUGCAGAGUGCAACAGAAAAACUCGACCACGAUGCGCUAGCGAAGGAGUUCACGUCCAGCCACACUGAGUGGUCUUUCAACCCUCCCGUCACGCCUCACAUGGGUGGAGCAUGGGAGCGUUUGAUUCAGAGUGUCAAGCAGAACCUCGAACGAAUGCAGACGAGCAGGAUCCCGACUCCCGAAGUACUGGAGAACACGUUGGUGGAGAUCGAGAAUAUUGUUAACUCCCGUCCUCUGAGCAACGUACCAAGCGAUGGUGACGAUUUCCCGGUGUUGACGCUCAAUCAUUUUCUCUUGGGAUCCGCCAACGGCUUGAGAUCGUGGGCUCCUCUGGACGAUAGCCCUGUCCUGCUUAGGAACUGCUGGAAGCAGCCGCAGAUGAUAGCGGAUGCAUUCUGGAAGCAGUGGGUUCGGGACUACCUGCGUACAAUUACUCGUAGGACUAAGUGGUUCACACCGGUGAAGCCGAUCACAGUUGGAGAUCUGGUAAUCAUUGUGGAUUCCAAGCUACCACGAAACUGCUGGCCAAAAGGCCGAGUGAUUGCCACGUGUCCGGCUCUAGAUGGUCAGGUAAGGUGGGCUAUCGUGAAAACCGUAUCGGGGAGCAUCUACGAACGACCAGCGGUGUCUUUGGCUGUACUCGACGUAGGCGUUUGA